GCGGACGUUCUUCCGGCUCUGACUUACACACGUGACUUUGGCCGCAGCUACAUGGUUUGAAGUCUUACGUCUGCUAGUUACUUGCAGGCACGUGUGUGAUAGCGGCAGCGACCAUCUUGGUGAUCUGAACGUUUUGUGCGAAAUGCUUCGCUUACCGGCUCUUAUACAAAAGUUGCGACCAGCUUAUCAUGCGUUUCCCCCUCUCCUCUGUCGAGCUUAUGCAAAAGAUGUAAAAUUUGGAGCAGAUGCCAGAGCACUUAUGCUACAAGGAGUUGACCUCUUGGCUGAUGCUGUUGCAGUCACAAUGGGACCAAAGGGAAGAACAGUUAUCAUUGAACAGAGCUGGGGAAGUCCUAAAGUAACAAAGGAUGGUGUCACUGUUGCAAAAUCUAUUGACUUAAAAGACAAAUACAAGAAUAUUGGUGCUAAGCUGGUUCAAGAUGUAGCUAAUAACACUAAUGAGGAAGCUGGUGAUGGUACAACAACAGCCACUGUCCUUGCUAGAGCUAUUGCCAAAGAAGGAUUUGAAAAAAUCAGUAAAGGUGCAAAUCCGGUAGAAAUUAGAAGGGGUGUGAUGAUGGCAGUUGAUACAGUCAUUGAAGAGCUGAAGAAACUAUCAAAACCAGUUACAACUCCUGAAGAGAUUGCUCAGGACGGCAAAACUCUCCAUGAUGAGUUAGAAAUAAUCGAAGGAAUGAAGUUUGACAGGGGCUACAUUUCUCCAUACUUUAUCAACACAAAUAAAGGUCAAAAAUGUGAAUUCCAGGAUGCUUAUCUCUUACUUAGUGAAAAAAAGAUAUCCAGUGUGCAGUCAAUAGUACCUGCACUUGAGAUUGCAAAUGCACAUCGCAAACCCUUGGUUAUAAUUGCUGAAGAUGUUGAUGGGGAAGCUUUAAGUACCCUAGUUCUCAACAGGUUAAAGGUUGGUCUUCAAGUGGUCGCUGUGAAAGCCCCAGGUUUUGGAGACAACCGGAAGAAUCAGUUAAAGGAUAUGGCAAUUGCUUCUGGUGGAGUUGUAUUUGGAGAAGAGGGUUUAAGUUUGAAUAUUGAAGACAUUCAGCCACAUGACUUUGGAAAAGUGGGUGAAGUAAUUGUUACCAAAGAUGAUACAAUGCUUCUAAAAGGAAGAGGAGACCAUGCUCAAAUAGAGAAACGAAUUCAAGAGAUUUACGAGCAAUUAGAAACUACAAAUAGUGAAUAUGAAAAGGAGAAGUUUAAUGAAAGGCUGGCUAAGCUUUCUGAUGGUGUUGCUGUUCUGAAGGUUGGUGGUACGAGUGAUGUUGAAGUCAAUGAAAAAAAAGACAGAGUAACCGAUGCAUUAAAUGCCACACGAGCUGCUGUUGAAGAAGGCAUUGUUUUGGGAGGUGGUUGUGCUUUAUUACGUUGCAUCCCAGCGCUGGAUUCUUUGACCCCAUCAAAUGAAGAUCAGAAAAUAGGGAUUGAAAUAAUAAGAAAAACUCUCAAGAUUCCUGCCAUGACAAUUGCAAAGAAUGCAGGUGUAGAAGGAUCAUUGGUGGUUGAAAAAAUUUUGCAGAGCCCUCCUGAAAUUGGAUAUGAUGCUAUGCUUGCGGAAUAUGUAAAUAUGGUAGAAAAAGGAAUUAUUGACCCCACAAAGGUUGUAAGAACUGCUUUAAUGGAUGCAGCUGGUGUAGCAUCUUUGUUAACAACAGCAGAGGCUGUAGUUACAGAAAUUCCAAAAGAAGAGAAAGAUGCUAGCAUCGGUGGAAUGGGCGGUAUAGGUGGCAUGGGAGGAGGAAUGUUCUAAGCAACAAUUGGAAACCCUGCCCAGCAUUGUUCAUCGAAGCUUAAAAAGUUGGUGCAAAAUCAGUGAAGCGUGGCUUGAAUAGAGUGGAUAUUAGGUUUUGCAAGUAUUGUCUAGUUCUUAAUCAUGCUUUUUUCAUAAUUUAUUUUAUAUUUUUCAAAACAUCUUUGUACAUUCCUUAGAUAUAGAUACCACUGCAAUUUUUUUCUUCAUUUAUGUGGGUAGGUUUGCAAAAAUUUUCAACAGUUUUACUUUGAAUAUAUGUAUUUAUAUCCAAAUAAAAGAAGUCUGCUUCCCUAUGAAUGGCUGAUGCAAUUAAUAAAAUUAAGUGUAUUGUG